GGGGAGAGAGCAUCAACCCCACAGAGCUGCAGCUUGUUUAGCGAGCUGCUGCGACUAGUUAUAUUUACCUGUGAAGCUGCAGUCAUGGGCCCAGAUACUGCAUCCGUCCCUAAAACUGAAUCUCAAGAGGAAAGUCCUGGAGAAGUUGUUGUGAAGGUAAUCUCAGAAUUAGAUUCAACUGAUGCUUCAGCUGCCACAGAGCCAGAUGACUCCAAACAGCUAGAGAGCAACACAUCAGACAAGUGUUACCCUUGUUCCAUCUGUGGUAAGGUAUUUGACAGACCAUCAAAGCUAGAGAGGCAUAAACCUGUGCACACGAGGAAGCCUAAGACUCUUCAUCAGUGUCAGCAUUGUGAUAAGAGUUUCACACAACAAGAGAAGCUAAUCCGACAUCAGAAUUGCCACAAUAGGACUAACAAGCACCCCUGUCCUGACUGUGGAAAAGUGUUCAACAGGCCUUCAAAGUUAGAGAGGCAUAAGCGCACACACUCAAAGAAACCGAAGGUGCCUCAUCAGUGUUCAUACUGCAUGAAGACGUUCAGUAAAUUGAACAAACUUGUCCGCCACAAGCGAAUGCACACUGGGGAGAAGCCUUUCACCUGCUCGGUCUGUGGGAAAGGAUUUUCUGAGUCAGGUCACUGCAGAGCACAUGAAAAGACACACGAGGAGCAGCCAGAAAAACCUCACUGCUGCCCCGACUGCGGCAUGUGUUUCUUCAAGGCCUCAGAGCUCCGUCGGCACUUCCGCUCCCACACAGGAGAGAAACCUUUCAGAUGCACUUUGUGUGAGAGCUGCUUCUCCCGUUCAGAGGGGCUUAAAAGACACAUGAGGAGCCACACCGGGGAAAGACCGUACAAAUGCCUUAUCUGCGGAAAGGGAUUUUAUUCUCGUCAGGAUUUGAAUAUUCAUGGGUUGACCCACUCAGGAGAGAAACCGCAUCUUUGCCCUGUGUGUGGUAAAGGUUUCUCGCAGCUGGGCAACAUGAAAGAACAUGAACAAAAUGUUCAUAUUAAAUCAGAGAAAUAUAUUUGUAAUGAAUGCGGGGCAACCUUCACACGGUACAAGUCACUGACAAAACAUCAGCGGACACACACAGGAGAAAGACCCUAUCUGUGCCUCACCUGUGGUCGCAAGUUUUCAUGGAGCCAUUCUCUAAGCAGACACCGGAGGACACACAUACACAGACAAAUGUCUAUGGACACAUCAAAAGACAUGCUAAGUUUGGAAGGACCCUCUGAGAAUCCCAGCAGUUGAAAGGACAUUUCAUCUUCAAGCAAUUUUCCUGGAGCGCAGUCAAGCUAAAAUUUACUAAUUUGUGGUGCACUGAGAACUAAUUUUGAAGCUUUGUAAUGAUUCACCUUGAUGCUCACUUUAAUUGUCUGCAAUAUAUUAGUCAGAAAUUCUUAGUACAGGGCUUCCGAUUAGCUUCUCCCAGUAUUUUUAUUGAUCCAAGCCAGAUGGUACAUUUCUGGCAUUGGUCUUUAUUGAACUAUAUUGGCAGUUAAAAUUAAUUUGUGCCUAGAAUAUGCAGUGAAUAUGCCAUAGAUAUGUUCUCUGAAUUGGGUGAACACAAAUCAUGUGGCUGUUUUAGUACGCUGCUGUAUGUGGGGCAGCUCUGUUCACAUAUCACUUUUAUGACAGAUUUGGACUUGCCUUCAGAUAGUGUGGAAGAAUAUCUCGCACAAUAUCAUGGGAAGAAUUCCUGUUGGCUAUUAACUUAAAGAUCAAUCACAACCAAAGUAGAGUUGCCUUGCCAAAAGACCUGAAACUCUUAGACAGAAUAUUGACCAAGUCUCUGCAACUGAAUGAUUAAUGGAGAUGCCAGAACAUAGUCUCGACUAAAUCUGAGUAAAUGUCUGCUUUCCAUAGUGAUUAACUUAUUCUGAUGUAUUCUUCUACCUCAACACUACCACAGAAGGCACGCAAACAAGAUUUGUGCAUGUUGCAGGACAGCGAUUUUCUUACUUCAGUUCUUAAAACAAAAUUUUGCCCUUUUUUGAAUUUUGUUAGUCAGUUGCCCAGAAUAAACAAACAAAUGCCAAAAAAAUUUUGUACUGGGAUAUUAAAUUAUUAUUAUUUUAAUUAAACCUUUACAGAAUGGUUCAUCCCAUGCUGAAUCAGAGCAGAAAUGUCCUGUUUCACUGUUCUAUAUGCAGGUAUAUUACCUCACACUACUAAUGGGGAAACACCUACUGUGAGACCAGUGAUUGCUGUCUGGCCAGAAGUGCAAGAGCUUCAGAGCCUAAACGGUGAUAAGUGGUGUGAACUGUAGAGUGCAGCAGCAGUUUACCUCUGGUAUGAAUUGCGUACAAUUGAAAUGAGCACAAAACUUUGUCCUUUUCAGACUUCUUAAAAAUGUCACUUUGAUCAUAUAUUGAGGUGUAAAGCAUAUAUAAUGUGUAGUUGAUGAUUUUCUGUGUGAUACUAUCUACAUACAUAGUAGCUUACUGUCAAACAGAUACACCGUAUUGUGCUAUAGCUUGCUGCAUAGUAACGAGAAACACAAUGGGCCCACUACAUUCUUAAAUACACAUUCAGGCAGUGUGUUCAGAUGUAUUUUCAGUUGUGCUGAAUAAGACGUGAACUGAACCUUGGCCUACAAAAGUCUCUCUGGAAAGUUAUUUCAUAGAAAAUACAGCCAUCAAUAAACAUGAUAAUCAUAUAAUAGCUAUCACACGUAGAGCGAUUUUUUUUUGAUUGUGUAUGAUGUCUUUUAUUGUGUCCUGAACUAU